AUGGCGAAAAAACCCGAAUUUGCGGAGAUCCACGGGAAAAACCUGCAACAGGAAGCAAAAUCGGGAGCUGCGAAAUUUUCACAGGGACGGGGAGAAUACGUCAACUUGCAUUUAACUGACACAACAGCUUCGUGGCCAAUUGAAAAGAAAACAGAUAAUACCGAAGUUUGGAUUUGUGAAAAUUUAGGCGGUGGUCAUUUUGAUUGGUUUAGUGUGUUGCACAACAUAAUUCAAUUAGAGUAUUUUUGUCGUACUACGUACAAGGAAGCUUAUCAAAUUGAUGACCCAACUCCUUCAAAAACGGUGGUUGAUACCGGUGAGCUGAUCACCCUUAGGUCUGCUGUUAUGAAUGAUGACAUCAUUAACCUUGGAAUAGAUGCCGACGCACUUCCACCAGAGGACGACGAUCUUCAAGAAGAAGACGGGGUCGAUGGCGACGAAGAAGAGGAAGACGAGUUUGAUGAUCGGGAAAAUACCUCAGAAGAGGAGGAUGGUAAACCAGAGGAAGAAGAUGAUGAAUCUGAAUAG